CCUGUUAAACAAGAAACGUCAACCAUUUCCCGUUCUUCGCUCCGGUGUCUGGUUUGCUGUUCGGUAUCCAAAUAUCCAGGCUGGCACGGUUAAAUUUGUAUAUGUAUGCGUGCGCACAAGUAUCUCUCUUGAUCGUGAUUGUGUAGGUAAUAGUAGUUGAUCCGACGGCCAUUGCGUAUACGUACUGGAGCGGUGGCACGUGUAUGUGUGUGUGCAAGGUAUACACGCGUGUGCGUUUUCCGUUCCGCGAUUCGCGUUCGCGUAUCCCGAAAAGAUGGCCGCCAUGAAAGCGUACGGUGGUGAUGUUGACGUCGUUCAUAGCAAGGCCGCGUUACGUGUUCGAAAAGCGUGAAAGGAACGCGAUCAUUCGAAUGUUUCCACGGUUCUCGUGGUGCGCUAAUACGAGAACACGAUACAACAAGAAAGUUGUUGGUAAUUCGAGACGCGAGUGCGGUAUUCGCAGGAUCCCUCUUGUAGUGCUCGACGAAAACGACGAUCGGGAGAGAGGAGAUAGAAGAGAGGGAGAGCAAGCAAGGAACGUGUUCAGUACGGGGUUAAAGGGAAUCAUAUGUGACAGAGAAAGAAAUGGACGAAUUAUUUAUCAAAGAGCAGAGGUAAGAAGGAAGGAAAGAAGAAAAGCCAGGGAGCGCGUGGAGAAUACAACAGGGUGAUACGGAAGCGAGUGAUUGAUAGAAUCGUGGGUGGUGUGUGGUGCCGCGAGUAAAACAAAUGCGUGCGCGUCGUAUCCGAACAAGCUUCUCUCUUGCCAACAAUAUUCCGAUUAGUCUGGUUUUCGCAUUUCCUAGAAGUUGCGUUUUAUGCGUGACUCGAAACUUUGUGUCAACGAGGGACGGCCAUAUUAAUCCGUAGCCCCCGCCGUCACACAUAUUCGAAGAAUCUUACCUCCUCGAGGUGGUGCCUCUAGUUUUACGAUCUUGGUCACUUUUUUAGUGUGUACCCGGUGUUGCAUCGUGUCUUUAUCCUGUUGUGUCGUGCCGUACCGUAUCGUAUCGUAUCGUAUCGUGUCGUGUCGUGUCGUAUCAUAUCGUAUCGUAUCGUGUCGUCUCGUGUCGUGUCGUUUCGUGUCGUGCCGUGCCUUGCUGUACCGUAUUGUGCCGUAUGUAUGAUGUGAUUCUCAAUCACUUGGAUGUACGCGUAACAUAGUCUUUAGAUUUUUCCGGAUGACGGUGCGUGUACGUAGUACGUGAACAGCGGCAUUUGUGUGUACCAGCAACAUAAACGACCGUCACUAUACGAGUUCUAUGCCGCUUGAUGUUCGUGCAUCGCACCGAGCAACUUACCGGUUCUCCACCAUCGUGUCUACCCACUUUGCCAGCAGUACCACCCUUCCUAGACUCUGUACUACCCACAGAAUGAUAGCGGUACAAGAAACGUCGGCGUUCGGUUGGUAGUGACGUCUGUCCUGAAGACUGGCUGGUCGGGGAAGAAGACUCGGUAUAAUACACUUCGAAGAAGUCGCGCGAAAAGCUAGAAGAGAAGAGACAGAGACUGGCGGUGAUAAAGCGGAAGAAAGAGAGGAAGAAAGUAGGCAGCGGGAAGGGUAAGGGUAGCAAGGGUAGUAAGAGUAAAGGGAAAGGAAAAGGAAAAGGAAGGAAGAAAAGAAAGGAGGACGCGGCGAGAUAAAGGAGGCUGGUCUCGUGGAAGGGCAUCUUCCGUUAAUUCAGGAUCGAACCUUGGGGGUUGCGAAGGUCGCUGAUGUCCGCUACGAGCCCUGCCCCUACCCCUGCCAGCUCACCGUCACCGGAACAUACCGGAACCGGAGGAAGUAUAGCCUCGCUCGUUACCCUACGCCUCGAUCGAACAAGAAGAAGAAGACGGAAUAUUUUUUACCAGUCUAACCGACCAUCACGCGUACUCUCGUUCGGAACUUCAGUACCAUUGCUGCUGCUGUACCGCCGAUCAGCUUGACCACCCCUCUGAAUGUCUUCACACAUCCAAAAGUCGUGCGUGGAGACAGAAGCGAGCGAGCGUGUGACGGACAACAAGCGUGAAAUCUUGAAAAGAGUAUGCGAUGUUUGAUCAGGCAGAGCCAGUGUUUCUCGAGAAGCGGUCUGGGUCCUUAUCCCAGUAGGAGAAACGAGGUCGAUGGAAGAUGGUCGUUGUUUCUGUAUAAUGACCUUUACUUAGAAAGCAUUUUCUCCGAGCUACUUUUCAUUUCGUUUUUGGAAAACCUAUUGCGAAGAUGGAUCCUUAGGUAGAGAGUAGGAUUAAAUUCCAGAAACUCAAUGUCAUGCCAGUUAAAGAGAUUUAAAUGGCUGAUUGUGAGCGAUUGAUGCUUUGUUUAUAUAAGGGGCUUGAAGCGACAUUGAGUGACAGCAAAAAGAAGUACGGCGACAAGGUGAAUGCACUUCUGUCCGCCUGGGAGCAUGUCACCAAUUUCAUUCCUGGGGCAACGCCAGAGGCCACCCAGUCUCUCAUAGAAUGGGCUCACAAACACACGUUGAAACUGGUACUGCGCGGGGAGUGGCCAAAGUUGUCACCCGCGACGAAGACGCACCUCAGUGUAACGUUACAGAGGUGCGCCUCUCACCUGGUGCAACACCCCGCUGCACCCAGGUGUACUGCCCUGAUAGCUCUGGUGCACAAUCCAUGGACUCAUCCCGCUCUCGACAGCAUACUUAACGGCCAACCGGAUUCCGAACAUGAAGAGGAAUUCUGUUGUUCGGAGAAAGGUGAACUGCUGACAAUGAGGCUGAAAAUACUUUGCGAGGACCGCUGCGAGGAUAUAGCGGUAAACCUCGCCGCUGCCUGCGUACGUUCUCUCCGAAGGAGCGAUCGGUUGCGUUCGCUCUCGGAUUCUCAUCACGUUCAUUACAUGAUCGACGUCUAUAUUGUCCUCUUGUAUAAAUUGAAACGCACGCAAGAUAUAUUCGCUCAAUUAAAAUUAAUGGAUCUCAGCGACGGAUUGGAGCUGGUCCAAAGACUCAGUGGUGAAAGACCGACAAAGUAUGGGACUGCACGGGUUUGGAGAAAUUCGAUAAAAGCUGCUGAAUUGGUUGCACAAUAUCUCGUUACGGCUGGUAUGGUACGACCUGUGCCAGAAACGGGCGCGAAUAUUUUGGAACAAAUUCUAAACUCUUGGGCAUUGUUGCAUUCAAAGUUGAAAGAUGUUGCGCCCACGUUGCCGGGAAUGAUAAGAAAAUUGAUCGAACCUGCCGAAAGUGCUCAGCACAUUUAUAUAUUUUGUGCAGUACUUGCAAAACACUUUGGCGACAGUAUAAAGCCUCUGGUGAUCGAACUGUACAUCAGGGCGUUAACAACGGAUAUGAACGAGUUGGAGAGCCAGAAGACAAAAUCCGACACGGAGAAGGUUCGCGAAACCGCGAAGCGUUUGAGCACACAGUUUCUUAAACUAGCCGACGUGGUUGGUAGUAACAUCGGUAUAGCUCGUGAAUGCGUUCUCACGGCAUUCUCGUUGCAUCCUACGAGAGCUUGUUACGACAGGAUCAAGGAAAUCGCUGUAGCCUGUGGAAAGACGAAAGAAGACGGGGCUUCGAACGGAAGCGACGCUGUGAGCGAAAAAUUGAAACACGUGUUGGAGAACAAUCAUUCUACCGCGGGGUUUAAAAAACCGGACAGCAAUAUCAGUGAAAAGAACGAAGGAAUCAAAGCCACAAACGUUGAAUCACCUUCCUCUUUGUGUGGCUCCUCGUUACUCGCAGUUACGUCGUUGAACAAUUCAUCGCCAGUUGUGUCCAAGAAAAACAUUGAUUUUCAAAAUGGACAAGUGAGUAAGAGUUUUGAGCGAACGGAUCAAUUGCUGAAAAGUCUUUUAACCACCUCGAAAAAAGCAGAUUCCACGAUUUCGGGUAACGACAGAUGUCCUCUGCAUCCAAAGAGAGACCCACUGUCCAACGAAACGUUGGGCGAGCUUUGUUUCAAUUGCGGCGAAUUUACCGGCAACGAUAUAUCGAAAAGUAAAGCACCGGAAUCGAACGAAACGACGUCUAAAAACGUGGAGAGAACACUGGACGCUUUGAUUCUGAUCAAAGGGGACGCUGUCACGGGUUCUGCGAACUACGACGAGAAGUCGGUGCCUAAUCAAGUUCUCGACGCGGAGAAACUCGGUCUCUCUCCACAGCUUUGCGACGAUUUGGCCGUUGUUUUAAGCAGUCCUCGUUAUCACAUGCUUAGCUGGGUUCUAGAUUGGAAAGAAUUGAACAGUCUAUGCGAAAGAUAUUUGGAGAAUGCAGAAGAGAUGAGGAAUACCAAUAAAGAGUUGAAAUAUCUGAACAUUGAUUAUUCGCAGUUUAAGGAUUGGCCUUCCGAAGACGACACUAAGGAUAUCUUCUUUGGGAUUGAAAAAGGGUACGAACAAUGGGUUGAUUUACCUUCGGAUAAUUCGGAGCAGUUCGGUAGCUUUCAGCCUGCGAGUAGUUACAAGAGGGCUACCGCCAGAAGAAGUCUCGACGAUACCACCACUGAUUCGGAUAGCGGUAGUAUCCUGCGUAUCAGAAGGUCGGGGAAACAGAGGAAGAUUCAUAGAUUAGAGUCUUCUGAAAGCGAGUACGACAGCAUAGAACGUAAACCGAAACAUUUUAGGAACAGAGUCAGCUCGGUUUCGGAUAGCGAUAGCAACACGCAGGAUAGUCAAGCGGACAGUCUCGGCAGCGGUGGUUAUCGGUUGGAAGUGAAGAAGAAGCCGAGCAAAUUGUCCAAUAAAGAGACGAGCAAAAAACGUUCGAAGGCUUCGAAAUUGACUGCCGAGUCGGUGUCGCAUUUUCAUAUGCUCAUUAAUGAAAACGUUAGACACGGGAACACGAACGAAGACGCGAGCGGUUCUGAUGUAAGCAGCAACGAUAUUAUUACUUUGUUCUCAGCCGAUAUGGACGAGAAUAAACGAGAGACGAUAAAAGGUUCGGCUUACACGGCAGCUGCUCCUCUGAUAAUCACAGAGAGAAGAAGCGAUCCGGCUGUACUUAAAUCCUUGAGAAUGUUCAGGCCACAAAACUCGAAGAAACCCACCAGGAUCUCUCAGAUAUUACAAAAGAAUCUUUUGAACAAGAGUAAGGACAAUAAUAACUUAGAAAAUAAUGCAAACAGCGUGGCAAAGUUUGCACCGAUGCUCAGCACUUUGAACUUGAAUCCAAAGAUCGUGCUGACUAGAGCGGACGAAGUCGACAGGAAGUUGAUUCGAGCGAAGAAGCAGCAACGAUUGAGUAGCGGUGAUAUUACCAGCGAGCUGAUGAACAUUCAGAAAAAUAUGCCAUUCUCUCCGAACAAGAACGCGAUAUCAACGUAUCAGAAGCAAAAAGGAAACGGAGGUACCAUCACUGGCAAGACGGAUCUAUCUUCCACCGAUAGGCGAGACUUGAAUUCUAAAUCGAAUUUAGGGAAACGAAAAUUUGACAUUCUCGCGAAAGCUGUUAGAGAUUCGGAUAUAUUAGCGAAGAAUGUGCCAGGCUUAAAUUCGUUGGACAUGAUGGUACCGCCAAGGAUGCGCCCUACCGUAAACGUUGUCCAGCUCUCUAGAAACAUUCCACAAAGUCCGAAUUCGGGCUCCGUUAACAGCGGGAACACGCCUCCAAGGCCAAAUAGAACUCCUAGCGUUGCUGGAAAUAUUCAGUUACCCGGCACACCCUCUUCCGGUGGGCAUGACAGCGGCGUUGGCAUGAGCCCGGCCGGUCAGACCCCUCCUUCCAGAUCAUCGACUCUUCCAGACGUCGGCGAAGAGGCGAAUCAACCACCGGAUAGCUCGCCAACUUCCUCGACCACCACUAACGUUUCUAAUCAGCUCGAACCGGACUCGAGUCCCAGAACGGUACCGAUUCGUCGAAAUCAGCCGAACCAGUCGCCUAAAAAAUCUCCUUCCCCUUGCUCCGCCGUCACAACCACCACAACUACAAGCACCGGAAUCUCUUCGACGGCCAUCAACUCGGAACAAUUGCAAAUCGUUUGCAAACCGGACGGUACUUACCAGUUGGCCUCUGUAAAUCCAAACAUCGUAUCCAAUCAGAGGAAUAUUCUUAAUUUGCAAAAUGUCGAUGAUGGGAAUAUCGGUACGUUUUCUCGACAAACGCAAAGAACAACGGAAAACACGAACGCGAACAGAACCACGUACGACAGGUUGACUUCCUCGUCCACUAAAGUCAGUCCGCAAACUGGUCAGAACACCGGCCUACCAAAGUUUCAGCAAGCUUUUGGUAAAACUAUAUACACCCUUUCAACGGAUACUUCAACGAGCGGCGCAUCAGAAACGCUAGUUCAAUCAGUGUCGCCGCAGAAAACGUCAAACUUGUCCAAGGCGGUACAAACGUCCGUGCCUAAUUCGCAACAAACAAACCCAUCUCCGGGAAUUAACGUACAAUCCAUCGCAAACAUUCCGAAUACGUUGCAAUUAUCCACUAGCAGACAAAUAUUGAAUAUCGUUCAGAAUUCUGGAAACAACACGAACGUGGCAACCAGUCCGAACGCUAAUCAAACGUUGACGCAGCUGGUGCAAAGCGUUCAGAAUGCUUCACCUGGUGUGAUUUACACGCACAAAAUCCCUGUUACGAUAUCCACCACGAAUCCAAGUCAAUUGAACAUCAUACCAACCAUUUCGCAUGCGAAUUCCAUACCAACUGGAAGAACGCCGGUAGUCAAAUUGAACAUCAUUCGUGCUCCUUUGAGACAGCAGAACAUUACUGGGGCUAUUCAGGCGGUUUUAACUACUCCCAGAUUACAGCAGCAGCAGCAACAACAACAACCACCACCACCACAACAACAGCAACAACAGCAGCAGCAGCAGCAACAACAACCAUCCGUUAGAACAGACAGUUUACUCGGUUCCCCUAUUGAAGUGCCCAAUCAAGUUAGCUCGACCACUUUGGAACAGUUAAGGGAAUUUGAAAGCGUUCUGGAACAAGUGAAAGAAAGAAGCACCAUUCAGCCACAGUCCCAUCAAAUGAUAUCCACAGCGGCCACGACUACCGUGCAAACGCAAACCACCACUCAGCAAACCCAAGCCAGCAAGCAACAACAGGUUUCCGUGAGCGCAUUAGCUCAACAACUUCUAAUGCCUACACAGCAAACCACUGGCAAUGAUUUUGCGAGUAACGGGAACACAGUGAACUUCCAACAGGAUGUAUUCUCUCAAAAAGUUUCGUUGGCUUACGCGAAUCAGAACACAGGAGCCACAGCCGCCGUUGCCGCUGCCGCUGCUGCUGCUGCUGCUGCUGCUCCUAAAACUCCAAAUUCAACGCCUGUCGUCGUGGUGACGAGUUAUUGUCAGCCUGCGGCUUCACCCGCUCUGAGCGUCACCUCGCAAAGCUCUUCCAGCCCCUGUGUUACCCCAGCACCAGCGCCUAUAUCUGGCAAAACACCGCCCACUCCACCGUCCUCGAAGACGGUGAAAAAGUCGGCGCCGAAAACCGUGAAGACUAGCGCGACCAACACGUCAAAGGCCUCACCGAUUCCGAAACCGCAACAAAAGCCCCAAGAGGACGAGCAAACUGCUCAAAGAAUCUACGCUAUCUUGGACGAGUACGCGGAACAGCUUCGAAAUUCACCAGAUCUUAACAACAAACCCGCUCCAAGGAGAAGAUCCAAUCCACCGACGAAUCCUAGUCAAUCAUCGAAAAGGAAAAAGUCAAAUGCCAACAAAACGAAACCUGUUGGACAGCAAAAUUCGGAACUUAGUCCGAGUACGGAUGAUCUUGGGAGGACUAUGGGUAGCGAAGACUCGUCCAGUGGCGUGGUACACGUGCAAGAUAGUCCAGCAGGCUUUUCGGCUCCGGAGGAACCUACGAAUAGCGUUGGAAACGUGACGGAUGCGUCUGCCGAGGUUCGAAAUUUGACCAACGACUCGAACGAUGGUGUUGAAUUGAACGUUAAAAGGAGAAAUCUAAUCUUCGCGGAACCUGGUUCGGGUCAGCCUAGAGCUGUGAUCGUUCAGGAAGCUGUGCAGACUAGUUCCGUUAGCGUUAGCGAAGCUCUGGCCUCUGUCACGGGUAAGAUGGGAAGCACUGCUGUCCUUGUUCCAGGUACUAACUACAUCUUACCGAUGAACCUUAUGAAAGGAGGUCAACAGUUCACAAUAGUGUCCAGUGGAUCGAAGCUUCUGGCCACUGUACCAGCUACCGUUCGAACAACCGGGAACACUGGAGUUUCCAAUACUCUGGUACUCCAAUCGUUUCUGAAUCAAGCCGGAAAGAUCAUCUCGCAACCGGCACAGGUGAAGCAGGUUAAGAUACCCACUUUGCAAACAUUAUCGGGCAAUCAAACUCUGGCUACCACUCAAAAUGUACAAAACGCCUCGGUAGUGAUCCCGCAGCCUGGAAAUGGCGGCCAGUUUGCAGGAGACACAACCGUAGAGAAGAAUAACAUUAUCGGUGACUUGACCAUGGCGAAAUCGGAUCCUGUAAGUGGUACAGUUAGCGUCGAAUCGACGACAAACGCUAUCGUCGUGAACAAAAGCAAUUCUACGAUCGGUUUAAUUCAACGUAAUCUAAACGAGCCUGCGGAGAAUCAACAGAUAUGCGGCGUGAUCACGAGCAAUCCGAACUUGGCUCUUCAGGGCACCCGAUUAUUCAAUUCUUCUAUACACAAAUUGUCAACACCGACUCUGAAAUCGGACAACGUGGUGUGUCUGGCACCCGCGGCAACGAUCACGCAUACAGCUGAGAAAAAGUCACCUCAAGAAAGUCAGUGUCACAACGAGAAGCCAGUUUCCAUUCAGACUGGUGCUACGAUCGCUCUUGCAUUCACCACUCAGUCAGACGUGUCUAUGCUGAACGAUCCUCAGCAGCAACACCAACAGCAACAACAGCAGAAAGAUACGAAGGAGGUAUCCACGGAAUUGAUUCCUGGUGCUAAGAUCAUCUCCCCGAAGACGGUGAAAAGAAAAAUCGACGACACUAUGGGUAUGUCGGAGAACGUUCCGAAAACCUUGAUCACUUCCAACUCUGUCGUUUGUUCGAGCAAUACCACGACAUUACAGAAUAACAGAAAAAUUGAUUCUAUGUCUACGAUAACGGUCGCAAGCAAACAGUCAACAGGAGGAAUCGAUAACGCGACACAGUUUCUGGUGACCGGUGGUCCGAGUAGUUCCGACAGUCAGGAGUCACCUGUACAACAGUCUACCGAGGGUAUCGACGUAUCGUGCAAAGUUGGGAACGGUUUGCUGUAUGGAAACGCUAGAUUACAAGAAGCCUGGGAACCCGAAGGCAAAGUAUCGCCGGAUACACCCUGGCGAUACGUGCCAACCUCCACCAACUCCUUGAACAUCGAACCUUUGAAUUCAAGAUAUUCGGACAAUUCGGACAAUGUUCAAAGCGUUCUCCAAAUCAUCAACAAAGGUCAAGGUAUCGAGAUGGCGAGCGGGCAAAUCUAUCAGACAAACACGAAAAAGUAUUUCAUGAAUCACACUUUAGAACCAUUCCAACAGUACUCGAAUAAGAGUAACGCUAUGAAAACACAAUUGAACCCUAGAUUGGAUCGGGAAUUAUUACAGCAGAAAAUGGAGAGGAAAGCGGCAGCGAUCGAGCGCGAGAUGAGGCUGCAGAAAAGUCUAUCCGAGGAAUGCGAAGAUUUAGGCGUUGACGAGCCAAGUACCAGUGAUUUGUUCCCCGAGGCGGAUCUACUGUUCGACACGAAUCACUCGCCGUCCUUCGAUCAUUCUUCCCAGGAUGCCUCCUGCAGUCAACCUCUAGGGAUGAAAUCGUACGGUAGUUCGUAUUUUCGUUCUCUGGACUCGUCGAGCGGUAGCAGGGAUGCCAGUCCAGUAGCCGAUUUCAAAGCAAACGAGCGUAAAAAGAACAGCAACCAACGGACGAGAAAUUCGAAAGACUGCUCGUCGAAGAGGUCGAAAAGAGACAAAGCGGAAGAAUUGCACUUGGAGAAUCCGGCUAAACACAUGCGUUUAACCCUGGAUAAUUUAAGUCAGGACGAGGCGUCGAACAGUACUUCCGACAUCUCGAGGCUCUCGCCGACUAAUCUAGGAUCAUUGGAGAGCGACUCGUUGAAGGACAAUAGCAGAGUGAAGAUGAUCUCGAGGAAUGGUUCGAAGGAAGGUUCACCUAGUAGCGUGUCUAGCAUUCCAUCUAACAUGAAAUUAGAUAUUGAUCUAGAUUCGGAAUCGUUACCUCCUAGCAUCAACGUGAAUAACGCGUCAGCUGCUAGCUCGGGGGACGAAAGUUUAACCCUGCUGAGUGGCACUACCGCCGAUGUAACCAUACCAUCUCCACUCUCGCCGAUCGCUGGCCCGAUGCUCUCGACGCACAAGUAUACCUACACCAACAAGAAACGCAUCGCAUCGAAGGUAACGAGAAUGGAUUAUCUCGCCUGGGAGAGUCCGAUGUCCGAGAGGACGAGAUCGAGCAGCGACGAAGAAGAUUCGAGCGUUAGCGAGUCGAUAGGUAGUCAACCGGAGGAGAACGCUUUGAGCAACGGUCUCGAGGACAGUGUGCAAAGUCUAAAAUCGUUGUCGAGCGAACGACGUUGUAGCAGUUACUUCAAGAAAAAGGACAAGCUACAGGUGAACGCGAGGGUAGUGUUGAAUCGAACAGAUCACAAGGCUAGUAGUCUGUCGAAACGUAUAAAAGCGAACGAAACGAUCCAGGAUUCGGUGAUGGUAUCCAGUGAUAAGGCUUCGGAACCUUCGGACGACGAGACGGGAAAUAUAGCUUUGGUAGAGCCUGACUGUCGCGCCAGACGAUCCAGUUUGCGAGGACACGUUAAAAAAGGUUGCGCCUGUUGCAAUGGAUCUCCGGAAAGACCGAAGAAGAAAUCGGUCAAGGCGGAUCAUUCGAGAUUAAAGAAACGGCUAUCGUCGAAACAGGCUGGAAAGAAAAGGUAGUCCUAGCGUUCCAACGCUCGUCGACGGAGCAUUGCGUAUUUGAUCGUAAACAGGAAGAUGACAAGGAAGAAGAGAAAGAGGAAUAGGAAAAGGAGUUUCUAUACGCUUGGACGUGUUCUUGUAGUUUCCACCGAAGCGAAGAUAAAGCUAGAACUAGACCAGUGGAUAACGCAUCGAUGCAGUCGAUUUUACAUGAAAUAUUUUGCUUGGAUCGAACGAUUAUUAAUCCAUGAUAAUUACAAGCAUAUUGUACAUAUAGUAGCAAAUACACGGGAAUUUCUAAAGACGCUCGUGAUUUCCCGUUACUUGGCGCAUGCCUAUCCUCGUCUAUAGGCAAAACGAGCGUAAGUUAACGUUAAAUUCAGUUUUGUCGAUGAGCAAAGAAGAAACGAACAGUUAGCGUUUCUUCGAGGAGAAUAGAUUAUCCUUUUACCACUAGAUGUUACUACGAUAUUAGAUAUAAGAAACGCAGAUUAUUAUUGAAUGGCAGACUUAGAUUAAAUCGUUAAGAUUAUUAGAGACGCAAUCUAGUCAGAAGAUAAGGUUUGUGACGAGGUUUGUAGGCGUGUUCGUGAAAGGCUGAUAGAAGAAGAACGAAUGAAAUCGUAUGAAUGAAAAAGUGAUGCUGAGAGGAUCGAACAUGUGUAAUAAACGAAGAAACGUAUCCAAUUAUCGAUAGAAUCCCCCUCGCAGACUAAAGAAUUUAUAAAUGAUGAAUAAGAAAAAUAAGAAAGCCUGAAAUUCAUAAUUCUGUCUACUUGUAUGUAUGUAUAUUGUCGUGGUGAUCCUGUUCCACGUUUCUUACACGGUGUGGUCAGACUGAGGAGUAGACGAAUAAUAUUAUUCUAUUAGAGAUCUUGUUUGGUGAAAAUUAACGGUAGCAAAAUCAUGCAUUGAACUUUUGCCUUUUUCGCGUAAACGCUUCUCGGUAACUUUAGAAAUUUUAACUUUGUAAUCGAUACACAUACUUGAUCCUUGUUCAAUUGUGUAGUAUGCAAGGAGCAGUGAAGAAAGGUCGGGAAGAAAAAUCGAGGAAAACCAAAUAAAAGCGACGAAAUUAGAAAUGAUAUCGAGAAGAGAGAAAAUACGAGGAAAUAUGUAUAGUAUAUUGUAUAUGCUAACAGAAAAACUUGAGUGUCGUACGAGCCGACCAUACCUUGUCACGGUGCAUGUAAAGAAAGGGAAAUAAGAAAAGUAAAAAUCAAGAAUUACCCAAAAACCUGUACAUUACGUAGAUAAUUCAUUAAAAGUAUAACAUUAUAUCGCUGCACUUUAGUACAAAAUCGCUUCACCUUGUUUCAGAAUGACAAGUUUAUAUCAUCAUUCGGUGUGCUAUCGUGGACGCGUGAAUGCCUGCAAUCUAUUAUUCUAAACUGUAAAACGUAAAAAAAGGAACACUCUUGUAAAGGUUGUGUAAUUAAGGCUACAGAAACACUGAUCAAUCUGCGUACACGUCUCGUUUUGCGCCUCGAACGUAUUAUGUCCGGCGUAUAUAUAUAUAUAUAUAAAAAAAAAAAAAUGAAGGCUAGAAUAUUCGUUAGUCGAGGUGUUUAUUAAUAAUAUUAUCUCUGGCGCAGAAACUAAGAGUCUAAGAAUGUUGAAAAGUAAUGUUCCUGUGAAUGAGUCUCCUUUCGUGAUACGAACCAAAGUGACUCCGUUUUAAAUGCAUUAAAAAAGAAAAUGGAAGGUGACUGUGAGAAGAAAAACAAGAGGGAAAUAAGUAUAAACGAAUGAAAUUCACAUAUUGUCUUUGUAAUUAGUUGCUUUUAUUUCGAACAUAUUUUAUCGUACGAUAAAGAUAUCUUCUUUUUUUUUAUCCACUUCUAUCGACGAUUAGUGAAGCUCUACCUCGUGACACGUGUCGACCAUUUUUUUUUUUCUCUUCAUGAUUUCUCGCAAUGAAUUUUAACACGUUGACUGCGGUGAAUGUAACUCCGGCAAUACUGAUAAUUCGAAGUAGUAAACCGAAGUAUUAGAUAAAAAAAAAUGAAUUCUGAAUCAGUUGUGUUAUCGUGAAUCGCCAUACUAUGCAUGGGUAGCCCAGUCAACGCGUUAAGCAAUCUCUGCAACGUGUAAUCGUCGAAUGAAAUCGCCCGCUGUUACUCGAUCGAUUCGAAAGGUAAUUAUUUGAAAAAUUUAUAUAAAAUAUGGCACAAUUCGUAGUACACCCUUCUGCAAUGAAGGUGUUUUUUUGAUAAGAGUUGAGGAGAGCCAUCUCCUUUUAUCGAAGGAAGAUAUCAUUGUUCGCCGGUGUAUCUUCGCAAUUUGCCACGCCUUGUAUAAUCAGUAUUACAAAGAUUCGAGCCUCGGUCAGCUUGCAUCGUUAGCAAUAAUUAAAAAAACAUUUUGAAACUUCGAACGCGGUGGGUUCACUAAAUUUCUCUUGCUUGUUUUUUCAGUUUGCCUAUCGAUCCCUUCCUGUAACUUCUUGUAAAUAAUGUAUAUUGGAACUUGGUCGAAUCACUAUCUUUUUGAACUUGUUCAUCGUAUAAUUCCGAUGAGUUUUCAGCGGCGCGAGUUAAUGUUAUUAAACGUAAACUCUUAUCUUCCUGUACAGAUAAAAAUCGAUGUAAGAGAAAAGAGAGCACGAAACGAAAGGAAUGAAAGAAGGAAAAUGGGGAGAAAGAAAAGAAAAAGAAGGAGACAUUUAGGAAGAUGCAUCUGUGCGUAGAUGUACAUUUUUGAAGGAGCGUCGCACCAAAAUAAUACGUAUUUUUUGAUGGAAUGAAAAUGAUAACGUUACACGUAGCUUGUACAAGUUAGAGCAAAAAACGAGAGUAAAAGAGAGAGCGUGUAUGUGUGUAUGAAUGACGAAAGAAAGAUAGGGUUUUGGAGGUAGAGAGAGAGAGUGAGAGAGAAUUUGAUUGUCAGUGAUAGCCUGGCCUUUUUCGCCACCUUUAGUCGUACCAACCGCAUUUAUAAUAGAGGGGUAACUGUAGUCUUCGUAAAAAAAAAAAAAA